AUGUUCAAAGAAACCACAGAAUUGGCGAAUCAGGAGCGUGAUAUUCAGAUCGAAGAUGUCCGAAAAACGACCGAGUGCUUUUUAAAAGAGAUGAAAGAAGAAAUCGCAGAUCUCAAGCAGCUCAGAGAAAAACAUAACAAUAAUACUGAAAGAAUAACAAAAACGACUGAAGGAAUUUCGAAACAAGAAGAGAAGAAGAAAAAACACCAAAACCUGUACGUAGGAAAACUUGAAACUGACUCAAAGGAAAACAAGAAAAAGACUGCUGAGAUGGAAAAUCUUCGUUCUUCUUUUGGGGAAAAUCCUGAAAUCAAUGGACUUGGUUUUUCAAGGACUUGCCCGAUAAACGAUCCAGCCACAAAGAAGCAGCAGUGCGACGAGUUCUGA